CAUUAUUGCACGUAUAUAUGUCACCGCACAUCGGCAUUCUGAUGAAAGUAGCAUAUAAUUUAACAGCGUCAAGGAAUUUCGUGGGUCUUUGACACUAUGAAUUGGAUGGCGAUCAUUAUUCUAAUUGUAUCAAUAUUAUAUUCCAAAAAAGUACUCUCACAGACAGCCAAUGAAGAUACUCUUUACGAGGAUUGUACGAUUUACAACGAUUCAAGUAUCCACGGAGGCGAAAUAUGUGGAACUGAUGCAGUAACGUAUCCGAACUGGGUAUAUUUAGAUUGCGUUAAUUAUAAAAAUUUAACCAAUAUUGCUACAAUGCAUCUUGGACCAUGCUCGAGCGGUGAUGUGAACUGCAUACUGGAUCCAAUUUACGAUCCCGUAUGCGGAUCCGACUCUAAUACCUACAGCAAUUAUCAAGUUUUGUUGUGUAACAAUUACAGAGAAUCAGCAAACGUGACUGUCAUAUCGAACGGUGAAUGUACGACUGUGGAUUAUUGUGCCAGAAAUGGAAUUAAUAUCGAUGGACAAAAUAGAGUAUGCGCCAGCAAUGGACUCACCUAUUUGAACGAAGCUCAAGUGAAAUGUCUACAAAAGUACAAUGCAUCAAUAAAAAUCUUGCAUGACAGCGGCUGCACAGUAAGUCACGUUUACAGUAUGUACGGCGCUGGUAAAACUGUUUGCAGUAUUGCACGUCAGAGAUACGAGUGGAAUCCAGUUUGUGGUUCUGAUUUGGUAACUUAUCCUAACCCAUUCAUAUUUUUGUGUUAUAGGUCAGAUUUAGAGGUUAUUUUUAACGGUGAAUGCAAUACGGAUACUAUGGAGGCUUGUGUUACUGCGCACAAAAAUGACACUUAUGUUAAUGGGACUUUGACCAAUAAUGAUUUUACUGCUGACGAUCAAGUCUGUGGCAAUGAUGGCCACACUUACCAGAGCAUUUACCAUUUAAUCUGCAACAGUUACUACAAUAAAUAUCUAUCAGACGUCCACGAGGGCCCAUGCACUGGACCGGAUGACAAUCCUUGCGGAGCCGCAACAGAAGUGAAUUCGCAAAAUGCGGUUUGCGGGAGUGAUGGCUUUUCUUAUAUUAGCCCACAAGCUCUCUGGUGUGUAAAGAGAAGCUUGAAGUCAGAUCUGACUUACGUUCACGAUGGGCCAUGCUGAGUAGGACGGUAAUAAUUAUCAUCGCCAUAUAAUUGCCGCGGCAGCAUGGAGUAAACAGCGUUGCAGAGCGGUUUGCUGCUAAUGACAGAGGAGUCCUGCGAGCCUCUUUUCUACAUUCUUGCAAGACAAUUGGGCGUCAUUAUCCACGUUCCAGCAAACCAUAUUAUUAAACAAAAAUACAAAAAAAAAACAGAUUCCAUUAAAUAAAUGUCAAAAGACCGUUCGUAGAAGUUUAA